UCUGUCACAAAUACACGUGCAUGUUGUUGGCCAACUGAAGAACUUUGCAUUUAUUAAUUUAAAUAGGACAAAAAUGGGUAAACAAAAAAAGACACAGAAAAUCAAGAAACAAAGAAAUGCCCAGCUGAAGCGAUUGCUAAAACCCACCGACUCCCGCAUUAAAGAGGAAUUGCGUAAAAAGAGUAAACUUAUCAUUGAUCCGCAACAAAUUAAGGUGAAUCAGGCAACCCAACAAAGUUCCGCGCUCUUCUUCCAAUACAACACCCAGCUGGGUCCACCCUAUCACAUUGUCUUGGAUACGAACUUUAUCAAUUUCAGCAUUAAAAACAAAUUGGACAUAAUACAAGGAAUGAUGGACUGCCUGUAUGCCAAAUGUAUACCCUACAUAUCGGAUUGUGUGCGAGCUGAGUUAGAGAAAUUGGGCAAUAAAUAUAAGUUAGCAUUACGCAUAAUCUCAGAUCCUCGUUUCGAGAGACUGCCUUGUCUGCACAAAGGCACAUACGCUGAUGAGUGUAUAGUGCAAAGGGUGCAACAACACAAGUGCUAUAUUGUGGCAACAAAUGAUAAGGACUUGAAGAACCGAAUACGCAAAAUUCCCGGUGUACCAAUAAUGUAUGUGGCUGCACACAAAUAUGCCAUUGAACGUAUGCCCGAAGCGUAUGGUGUGAAGGCGUAGUAGUUGUGUAUGGAAAUAUUUUCUUUUUUUGUUUUAAUUAAUGUAAGCUUGGAUGACUUUUAGAAUAAAAUAUUUUGAAGAUAAAACGUGA